CUGUUAUUGGCUGCUAGCUUGCUGUCAGUUUACGUAAAACAACAAAAGUUUCAGGAGAAGUGAUUGCAUAAUAUCCAUCAAAGGAUGGUGUUCAGUGCAGUGGACCGGUACAUCACAGUAUCGGGGGUGAGCUGGCUCGGAUGGUACCAGCGACGUAAGCUGGAAGAAGCCACAAAGGAUGUGAAGAAAGCCCAGCAAGAGACACUGAUAGAGAGAAUCAAGGAGAAUGCAGAUACAGAGUAUGGCAAGAGGUUCCUCUUCAGUGAGAUCAAAGACAGAGAUGACUUUGUUAAAGCGCAUCCACUCACAAGGUACCAGCAUUAUGAGCCAUACAUAGAGAGAAUGAUGCAAGGGGAGACAAAUGUUCUCACCAAGGACCAGCCUGUAAUAUUUGCUGUCACCUCUGGGACGUCAGGGAAACAUGCAAUCAUUCCUAUGCUGAAAAAACAGCAGGGUACAUUUUUUACCCAAGGAAUUAGUGUUAUUUAUGACAGUAUGAGGAGCGCUUUCCCUAAUCAAAGCAGUUCUCAAAAAGAUAUGAAAUUCUUUUACACACCUAGACUCAGAAUGGCAGAGUGUGGCAUUCCAAUAGGUCCAAAUUCUUCCUCGCCGGCUAAUUCCAAGAGAAUAUUGAGCAUGUACUCAACACCUAAAGCUGGGUACGACAUUUUGACUGAGCCCGAGGCUUUGUAUAUCCAUUUGUUGUUUGGUUUGAAGGACAAAAAUCUGGGUAUAAUUGAAGCCAACUUUGCUUCUCUUGUGUAUUCAGCAUUCAGAUCUCUUGAUGAAAGAUGGGAUUCCCUGGUAAAGGACAUUGAAACUGGCUCAGUAUCUGAUCAACUGAAGAUUGAGGAUUCAGUCCGUAAAGAGCUCAAUCAGGUUUUAUCUGCAGACCCAAAAAGAGCUGAUGAGCUGCGUAAUGCCAAACUGGCAGGAACAGUUGGCAUUGCAAGUAGAGUGUGGCCAAAACUGAACUUUGUGAUGACUGCAGAUUCAGGCACAUUUGAACUGUAUGGUCAGAGGCUUCGAGAGUUGUACUGCAAAGAUGUGCCUGUAUAUUCCCCUCUGUAUGCAGCCUCAGAGGGAUUGUUAGGUGUCAACAUCUGGCCGAGAGAGCGUCCCAGUCGAUACUUACUAGCUCCUCGCUCAAUGUUCUUCGAGUUCAUUCCCGUAGAGAGAUGUGAAGAAGAGAACCCUCCUACAUUGUUUCUCGAUCAGGUUAAGGUAGACAAAGUUUAUGAGCUUGUGAUUACAAACGCGAGUGGGCUGUACCGGUACAGGUUUGGGGACGUGAUCAAGGUUGUCGGUCAUCACAACACAUGCCCUGUCAUAGAGUUCCAGUAUAGACAAGGGCAAUUCCUGAAUGUCCAUGCUGAGAAAACAAGCGAGUAUGCCUUCUACAAGGCCCUGACUGGGGCCCUGCAAAAGUCUGGGGUACAGAUGGUCGACUACUGCUGUACAGAAAAUGUCAUGGUGGACCAGGUCACACCAGGUAAAAAGUCAUCCAGCCCAUGCUACCAUGUGUUCCUGGAGUUGGAGGAAGGUUCACCAGUCAAUAAAGUGGCUAUUGACGAGGAGCUGAAGGCCAUGUCCUACGUGUACGCCUCCUUCAGACGCAAGGGCAGCAUCGGGCCCAUGCAGGUUUAUGUGGUAAAGCCAGGCACUUUCUCUGAGCUGCGGGCUUUCAUGAUUGAGAAGACAACGGGCUCCCCAAACCAGUACAAGGUCCCAAGGGUGUUGAAGAAGCCCGAGGCCGUCAAGUUUGUGCUUGAUCGAGUUGAGGCUUGUCUGUUGUAAUCACUGAUACUGUUUGUAUAUUGUAUUCAGAAGUCUUCUGUGUAAGUGGAUAAUGUAAGGAUGCUCGAUACAUUAUGUCAUAAUAUGGAUUAUUCAAUGAAAUGUGAAACAGUUUCAAAAGUAUGGAGCCCUUAUAUAUUGUAGUUUUGUUUAGAUUGAAGAUAUUUCAGGAAUUUAUAGAAAAUGGUGGGACUGUCUUUCUGUCUGUUUUGAAAAAAUGGAUACUGCGAUCUCUCAAUAAAAUAGUAAUCAAGUUAAAUUUAUGAAACAAGGUAAUAGUAUAGGGUUUAAUGUCAAAAAGGAGUUUCUAGUUUUAAAAAAGUGCCGCUAAGGCAACAAAACCCUUAGGGGACUAGUGUAUUGCCAGCAAUACUUAGUGACUUGUAUAAUUUCUUAGUGUGCACAAUCUAGGUUUUUUUAUUAUUGCCAAUCUGUUAAAACAAUAUCAAAGGAGUACCUUUCAAACGUCAUGAUUUUCUUCUUAAAGCUGAUCAUCAUGUGUAGGGUAAACAUAGUAUUAUUUUUUUACCAACAUACUAUUUAUGAAUAAAACGUAACUUGAUGUACUUCAAGACUGGUGAAUGAAAAUACAGUGUCUCCCUUGCUGUCUAGAUAAUCCUGUCUUAUAUAUUGCUCUCUGAGGUGUAACCGUGUUUGUUGUAAGAUUUCAUGGUUAUUUGUAAAUCGAACAUUGUACAAUGUACAUUUUUAAACAAAUACUCAAAACUUACAUAAGAAACACAACCAACAAUUUCUUAUAGCGUGAUUCAUUCAAGGAUACAAUCACUAUAGAAUGUUUUACUGUUGAUCAAGAGUUAUUUAAGAAAUGAAUUGCGGGGUUGAUGUCAUUAUCGGGGUAUGAACGCAAUUCGGCUGGUCAUAGUGUGUGGAGUCCGAAGGACUCCACGCGUACUUUGACCAGCCCAAUUGUGUUCAUAUCCCCUAUAAUGACAUCAACCCCGAAAUUCAUUCCUUAUAUAUACAUCAAUAGUUAUUCCAUUCAAGAAUUGUUAAAAAAUUAAGAAAACCUUUCAGUAAUCCUUUCUUACCCAUUCUGUAAAUAGAACGACACGACUGUAACCGGAAACAUUUUUUCAAAUUACAUCACAAUAACGUGGGAAAAGACCACUUGAAAACUCUUUUAUAUGUAAAAUUGAAACAUUUGAAUACAAUUAAAAUAUAAGAAAUGAACACUUUCUAAAAUGUAGAUGAUAUUUUACGGGACCAGCUCACACAAUACAAACAAUAACAAGAUCAAUAGUUUUCAUGUAUAUUGUUAUGCGAUGAAUUGCGAUCCGAACAUAUCCGAAGAUGAUGAACGCAUUUACUGAAAGGCAGUUCAUUUAAGGAACGGAAGUUGAGGUGUAAAAUAUUAUUUAAUAAUGUAAAUGUCUCAUAAAAAAACAAUAUAUAUCCUUAAAAUUUAUUGGUUUGCAUACUUUAUAGUGCAAGGCAUUUGAAAUCAAACAUACAAUGUCUUCGUUGAGAAAAAUUUAACACAUGUACAUAUCAUGACUUCAAUAUAUUUAAGUUGAAGAGUGAGAAUUAAAAUGUUAUAAAGAUUGAAAAUGUUACAAUUUUGCAACUUAAAAAGGCCUUUCAUGAUUUUUAUUUAAAUAAUUAAGAGUAUAUGUAUGAUUAAUAGCCCAGAAAUGUUAAUAUUUUUUUGUACUUUAUUAAUUUAUAUGACUUUUGUAGUCUUGUUAAAUAUUGCUUUAUUUCAUACUUUUUCUUCUAUCAAACUUUUUGUGAAAUAAAUAUUGAACUGUU